AUGCUCCUGCACAAAGGCCCUCUCUCUAUAUCAUCGAUGAGUCUAUCCCCAAUGAAGGAUCUCGUGGAAGCAAUAGCACAAACAUCGGCUUCGAUGAAAGCAGCAAAAUGCUCACCAGACGAUGGCCAGCCACUUCAGAGCUCGAACAAUGGAGGCACGCACAUCGCGAGGGACGAAACAAGCCUUUUUGUGGAAUAUUAA